AUGGCUGAAUUAACAAAUCAUACUGAAACUAAUCUAUUUACGACUAGUUCCAAUGAACAUACACUUUUUGCCGGAACACUUCGUAAUUGGGGCGAUCCAUUAUUACAAGGACAAGAGCCAAUACCCGUACCUAUAUGUCCACGUUGUGCAACAUGUAGAUGCGAAUCAUUAAAAGCUUUACCUAAAUCAUCAGCUAGUCAACGAUAUCAUCAUCAUCAUCAAAAAUAUCAUGAACCAUCUUGUCCAAAUUUUCGUCAACAUGAACGUGCUAGAACUACUAGUAAACAACGUCAAGUAAAUAAACCCAAACGUCGUGUUAACUCAUACGAUCCAUCAAUAACCUUAGACAAUCAUAAAUCAUUAAAAAAACAAUCAAUGGAAUAUUCUUCAUCCGCAUCAUCAACACCUUUAAUUAAACAAAGACAUUCAUUCUCUAAAAUUCCAGUGAGAAUAUCAACAUCAUCAUCAACACUUACAACAACAACGACAACAGCAAGUGAAUAUUCUCCAGCAUCAUCCGUCUAUGAAAGUCGAUCAUUAAAUCUAAAAACAAAAAUUCCUCGACCUAUUGUAAAAUUAAAUUCAUCUUAUCCAACUCUUUUUACUCAUACAAAUCAAACUAUAUCAAGCAGUGACGACGACGACGAUGAUUUCGAUGAUGAUGAUCACGAUCACAAUAGUUUAAAUGGCGAUGUUCAUCCAACACCGCCUUCAAUGUCUACAAAUGAAUUAUCUCAUACAAAUAUGUUACCGAAGAAGAAAAAGAAGAAUAUUAUAAUGAUGUAUUGUACUUCAAAUCAUAUAGAUGAUAUUGAUGAUCAAGUAUUAAUAAAGAAGAAGAAGAAAAAAAUGUCAUCAUCGCCAAGAAUACAUAGUUUUAGUGAAUCAUCAUCAGAUGAACAACACGAACAACGAUUUUGGUAUAAAGAAGGUUAG